AUGGUUGUGUAUAGCUUCUACAUUUUUGAUCGACACACCGAGUGCAUCUACUCGCGUCUCUGGGUGCGCCAGAAUCGGGCGAAGCCGAGUACCAGUAACCCAGGCGCGCGCGGCCUUUCCACUGCCGCCGUUACUCUCAGUAAUCCAGACCCAGCCCGCGCGCGCCCAGCGCGCCUCUCAGCUAAAGAUGAUGCUAAGCUUAUUUUCGGUACAAUUUUCUCGCUGCGCAACAUGGUACGUAAACUUGGUGGGCCCGACGAUAGCUUCAUUAGUUAUCGCACUGGCCAAUACAAGCUGCACUACUACGAGACCCUUACCAGUCUCAAAUUUGUUAUGCUUACAGAUAUAUCAAUGCUGAGCAUGCGAAAUGUUCUGCAUCAAAUUUAUGUCAAUCUUUACAUCGAGUUUGUGGUUAAAAAUCCACUUAGUCCCGUCGAACACAAAGGCGGAGAGGGUGUAGCUAAUGAGCUAUUUGAGCUAGCUUUGGAUCAAUUCAUCAAGGGAGUAUCAUAA